GUAAUAUAAAAAUGAAUGAUUGAAGAUUAUCGGCCCACAUCGCGAAAAUCAUGUAAUAUACAUAGAAUAGAAGCUGAGAUGCAGAGUUUUGUGUUUUUGGUUUGUGUGAAGUCAAAUGGGUCGUCUUCUUUCGCGGGAGGCGCAAAUUAAUGUUGCCCGAAACACCAUUGAUUCUACACCUCUGCUCCACUUCUUCCCUUCACUCUCUCGUCCUCUCAUAUUCAGAACCUCACAAUCGUCCACUAUAGGAACCCCGAGAGAUGAUAGACGCCACCAUUGUUUUGAGUUUCCACCCACAUCACGCACUGCUGAGCAAGCAAGAAAGACGAGACUUUGGAGGAAAAAGAUUGAAACUUUGGUCCCUUGUGUGGUUGUUGGAAGGUGGAGGGAUUUUGAUUUGAUUUGAUUUGAUUUGGGUUCGGUCUUAAAUCUGUGUAAUGCAUCUGAAAAAGUCUGAAGAAGAACAAAUCAGGAGAGAAAGCAGUGGCGUCUCCUCGGAUUUCAACCCCACCCCACCUCUGCCCCCUGUUUCCCUUUACCAGAAACAUUCCCAAUUUUCACAACCUCUGCAUUCAUCUCCCCGCCAGCCAUCUUCUGCUUCUUCCUCUGUGACUAGUCCUCCUACCCUUGAAAUUCUAAUUGAUGAUGAGAAUAAGCAGGAGCAAGAAGAGAACGAGUCUUUUCCCCUCAAGCCCACCCUUUUCAAGAGACCCCAUCUUCAGCAGCAAUCCUCCGGUUGUCUAACCAAGAAUCCAACUUUAUCAAAGUCCCUUGAUGGAUAUAGGGUUUCUGCACAGAACCCACAUGCGAAAACUAAUCUUUUCCGGAAUGGGGCUCGGAGGUUCUUGAGCCAUUGCCACCAGCUGCCUCUUCGCAUUCAUCUUGUCCUCAGUCUCCCCUUUCUAUAUUUUAUGGUAACCUACCCUUCAAGGUCCUUCAUUCUCGAUUUCCUCUUUGCAUUUGCCUUCUCCUACGUGCUGCUUUUCUCCCUGAAUUUGACCGUUCCACGCCUCCCCACAAUAAGAUUGUUUUUUGUUAGAUCAUUGCCGGUUAAGAUCAGAAAGAAGGAUCACGUGUGCCAGCCCCAUUUACCGGUGGUUUGGUCCAUAGGGUCGUCGAAAACUGUGGAUGAGAAUGUGAUAUCACUAUCGGGGAGCCAUGUGCAGGACUAUAGCAAUGGGGAUGUUUAUGAGGGUGAGUUUCAUGAGGGGAAGUUUAGUGGUGGUGGGGUGUAUUACUAUCAUAUGAGUGGGAGAUAUGAGGGGGAUUGGAUCGAUGGGAAGCAUGACGGAUAUGGGGUCGAGACGUGGGCAAUGGGCAGCCGGUAUAGAGGGCAGUAUAGGCAGGGGCUUAGGCACGGUCUUGGGGUGUAUAGGUUCUACACCGGAGAUAUGUAUGCUGGGGAGUGGUUUAAUGGGCAGAGCAAUGGCUGGGGAAUGCAUACUUGUGCAGACGGAAGUCGGUAUGAGGGGGAGUUUAAAUGGGGUGUGAAACAUGGCUUGGGACACUAUCAUUUCAGGAAUGGCGACAGAUAUGCUGGAGAAUAUUUUGCUGACAAGAUACAUGGAUUUGGAAUCUAUUACUUUGCCAACGGCCACCGUUAUGAGGGGGCUUGGCACGAGGGUAGAAGACAGGGUCUUGGAACAUAUACUUUCAGAAAUGGAGACACUCAAUCCGGCCAUUGGCAAAACGGGAGUCUUGAUGUGCCAAGCACACAGAGCACCACCUAUCCUGUUUCCCGCAUUGCUGUCAACCACUACAAAGUGCUCGACAUUGUUCAGGAAGCCCAACAAGUUGCUGAGAAGGCUCAGGCAGCAACAAAGCUAGAUGAGAGAGUGAACAAGGCAGUAACAGCAGCUGUCUUGGCUGCUAAUGCUGCUAGAGUGGCCGCAGUGAAGGCUGUGCAGAAGAGAAUGUAUCAUCCAAUGCAAAAGUGAAAGAUGAUUUCUCAAAUGCAGUGGUGGAAAGAUUCUAGCACAAGGAUUUAGGAAAUUCAGAGUUGAACAAUUUUUUUUCAAACUUUUGGAGGCUAUUCUUGGAAAUAGGUACGAUAUUUUGCACCGGUGCUAGGGGAAAACCCCUAAAUCAAUCCAGCAUUAGGUGUGCAAGUAGCAACUGCAAAGAAUUUUUUUGUUCUCAGAUCAAGUCUUUUACUGGCAUCUACUCUGAGAACACAUGGAUCUUACAAUCCAAAUAGGCAAACAGAACCAAUCACAAAACACCCUGCAGAGGAUUAAUCUCAUGUUCACAAAUAGAAUUGCAAUUAGAAAAGCUAGAGUCCACAACUCAGAGCAGGCAGGAAAACAGUGAAUAUACCUUCAAAAAGACUUCAUGAUUUCAUGGAUAUCAUUAAAUAUUGCAGGAAUUCGCAUUAAUCGGUAUCAAGCUCACAAGAGUCAAGACUAAAGUAACUUAAAAAUGAAACUGAAAACUU